AUGUCGGGUUUGUCGCCGCUGCGCCUGCCGAUGAUUGAUGUAGGCAUUAAUCUGACAGACGCCAUGUACCAAGGUGUGUAUAGUGGCCACAAGAGGCACGCGGGUGACAUUGAAGCCGUGCUCGCGCGAGCCGUUGCCGUUGGUGUGCGUUGUCUACUUAUCACGGCUGGCUCCCUGAAGGAAAGUCGUCAGGCCAUUGCACUCUGCAAGAAAUACCACUCUGAUACCUUGCAGUGCUACUGUACUGUCGGCUGCCAUCCAACAAGAUGUGGGGAGUUAGCGAAGGAUCCUGUGGGAUACUACAAUGAGCUGAAAAAUUUGGUGGAAGAGCAUACGGUUCGAAAGGAGGGUGGAUGUGUUGCAGCCAUUGGUGAACUUGGUCUUGACUACGACCGGCUCUUUUUUUGCGAAGAGGCCGUGCAAAUGACUUAUUUUGUCAAACAGUUAGAUCUGGCGGAGGAGUUUCAGUUGCCUCUCUUUCUCCAUGACCGUAACACUGGGGGUGCGUUCUGCGAUGUGCUGAAGCAGCACCGUCACCGCUUUCAAGGUGGUGUUGUUCACAGCUUUACAGGGACGGAGGAGGAGCUAGAGAAGCUUUUGGGUCUGGACCUUUAUAUUGGAGUAAAUGGAUGUAGUCUUAAAACAGCUGAAAAUCUUGCUGCUGUGAGGGCCAUUCCGCUGAACAGGCUCAUGAUUGAGACGGACGGGCCCUGGUGUGAGGUGCGCGGCACGCAUGCUUCACAUCACUUGCUUGUGGACGCGGCGGCGAGGUGCGGCAGCGUGUCGGAUUCAUUGCUGAGUACAUUUCACGUCUGUCGCAAGGAUAAGUUCGUUGAAGGGUCUGUUGUUAAAUCGCGAUGUGAACCGUGCCACUUGGUGCGGGUGCUUGAGGUUUUAUACGAGCUUCACCGUGAGGAUGUGGCAUCGCUGGAGUGCUUGGCGGCAACCAUAUACGAAAACACAUGCCAGCUCUUUCCAUUCCGUCCCUACCAUGCUGCAGCGGAAGAUGAUGAAGAGGAAAAAUAA